AACCAAGAAAUUGAACAAUUCCUCCAAAUAUUUUGCAACUACUACCAAGACAAUUGGGUAGACCUUUUUCUAUUCAUCAAAUUCCCCCAUAAUACAUGGAAGCAUUCUGCCAUGGGAAAAUCUUCUUUUAGAAUACUAUAUGGUUUCAAUCCC